AUGUGCACCAUCACCAGCAGGCUGACCGAGCCCUACGUCCUCGCCACCGCCGUCGCCGUCCUCGCCGUCCUCGUGUCCACGCUCGCCAUGGGCCUCUUCUCGCGCAGCACCUCGUUCGACCCGCGCGGCAAGUUCUGCUACGUCCCCGGCGGGUCUGCCGGUCUGGGCAAGGCGCUGGCCGAGGACCUGGUCCGCCGCGGCGCGCACGUCGUGAUUGUUGCGCGCGACGCCAGCCGGUCUGCGGACACGAUCGCGGGGCUGAAAAAGCUCGCCGGCGGAGAUGCCGAGCGCAAGCUGUUCGCCGUGUCGGCCGACCUCACGUCCCAGGAGGCGAGCGAGGCCGCGCUCGCCGAGGCGUGUGCGGCCUUUGGAGGGCGUGCGCCAGACUACGUCUUCCUCUGUGCGGGAUUCAGCAAGCCCCAGCUCUUCGUCAAUGCCACGGCGGCCGAUCUCAAGAGCGGCCUCGACGGCGUCUACUGGGUCUCGGCAUGGACGGCGCACGCCGUCGUCAAGAUGAUGGUCAAGCAGCGCGUCAAGGGAACCAUCACCUUUGUGUCGUCGUUUGUGGGCUACGCCGCCAUCGCCGGCUACUCGCCCUACGCUCCUGGCAAGUUUGCGCUGCGCGGCCUGGCCGACAGCCUGCGCGCCGAAAUGUUCCUCCACGACAUCAAGGUGCACCUGUACAUGCCUGCCGGCAUCCUGUCGCCCGGCUACGAGAACGAGCAAAAGACCAAACACGCCAUCACCAAGAAGAUUGAAGAGUCCGACACGCCCAUCUCCCCCGAGGCCGCGGUCCGCUACCUCGUCCGCGGCAUCGAGAAGGGAAACUACCAGAUCACAAACGACUUUAUGACCGACAUGGUGCGCGUGGCGACUGCCGGUCCCGUGCCGUGGAACGGUCCCCUGGACCUCGUGUACUCUGCGCUCUCGGCCAUUGUCAUGCCCAUCUUCCGCCAGGUCGUCGACGGUACCGUCAGGAGCUCAAAGAAGAGCGUCGAGGAGGAGCUGCAGGCCCAGGGGUUCUUUGACAACUAG